CCCAGAUAAUGCAUUCAGGUAACCUGCCAGACAUAAACAACACACUCAGGAUUCUGUUUUAGACUGCCCCCUGUGUUGUAUGUAUGAUGCAUUGUGGAAGGUGGUCCUGGGAUACACCCCUUCUGUGAUGUAUGCAUGAUGUUUCUGGGGGGUGGUCUAGAGUUUGAGGGUGGGCUAUUUAAAAGGGCUCUAUAAGGGCCUUUGUUCUGGGUUUCUCCUCCCUCCGGCAUGUGGUGAGUGAGGACCCUUUUGCAACAGUUUAAUAAAGAUGAGACUUACUAGCUGCUUUGCUUCUCAUUAUUCUCUGGUUGGUCUCUGUUAUUUUCUCCUACCGAUGGAGAACCUACAAAAGGACUCUGUAUGGGCUCUUGGGUACCCCAUAAGGGAAAAGGAGCAGGUUUUUCUCCUCAUAACAGUAUCUAGUUGGCCACUGUGGGACCAGGAUGCUUUUGAGGUGGGCCAAGGGCCUGAUCCAGCAGGGCUCAUAUGAAGAAGUUCCCAAGGGAAAUAAAUCCAGCAGGCCAUUGCUACUGGUUUCUUGAUAGCUUUAGGACACCCCCGCCAUCCAUAAGACCAGGCUUCCUCAACCCUGGCCCUCCAAAUGUUUUUUGGCCUACAGCUCCUAUGAUCCCUAGCUAGCAGGACCAGUGGUCAGGGAUGAUGGGAACUGUAGUUUCAAAACAGCUGAAGGGCCGAGUUUGAGGAAGCCUGCAUAAGACCAUCCUUUCUAGAGAAUAGCUUGCCUUGCACUAAUGAAAUCAAUGGACUUGGAAAACAAAACACACUUUCCCUGUCCCAGUAGGAACUUUUUGCUUAUUUUUUUCCUCGGCUGUUAAGGACAAAAUGAGACAAAGCGAGUGUCAGAGGCCCGCCCAGGCUUGUCAGCUUGGACUCUGAGCAGUUCAGUAACGCGGCGUGUGGCGCCCGGCCUCCUCUUUCACGGAAGCCGCCCGACGGAUCCGCUCCGUGCGCUGAGCGUCGCCGUCAAGGCCCCUCCCGUGGGCGGCGCUUCGCUAGGCCGCCGCCCGCUCCUCCUCGAAGCCCCGGCCCCCGUCGGCGCGCACUUUCUCCUGCCUGGGCCGGGCGGGCCGGCGGUCACCAUGGGCAGCAAGAUGGCGGCCGCCAGUAGGGUCGUUCAGGUAAGUCCUUUAAGGCGUUUCUGCCGCAGGAGACCCCGCUCCGGCUUGGCGCACGGCCGGGCCUCGCACCUCUGGGCCAGGCUUCGGCGUCCGGCGGCGGGGAAGCGGGUCCCUGGCGCCGUGGGACUAGCGGAGGCCGGUGCCCUUGGGCGGGCAGGGGGAGAAAGCGCAGGAGGGAAGGCGGUCGAGGGGGGAUGCGCUGCCUGGCGACCUCGGGAGAGGAAGGCGAGAAAGCGGCUCGGCUGGGGCCUCGUCACCUUGGCGGCUUCGGAGGGAAGAGGCAGAGAGGUUUGUUGUGCAGCCUUUCCCGGUCGCUUCGCCUGUCCUCCGCCUUUGCCCCCGAGGGUCCCAUCCCAAAGCAACAGGGUCGCAAUGCUGUCCUACGGUGCACCAUCAUCUUCCUCAUCGCCUCGGGAUUAGAUCCUUCUGUACUCUGCAAUUUAACUCCGGAUUAAGUCUCUCGUCUCAGCCCUCGUGUCAAUGACAAGCCUGUCAACUGUAAAUAAGAGUUGAGUGAAAUAUCAGCGUUUGCACUUCCCCUGGCUAAAGAGGGAGAGGCACUUUUUUAAAAAAAUAAAUGAAAAUAAACUGUUGGACUGGACAUGUUGACGAGCAGUUUGACCCCGUUUUUGCUCACAGGCAAUGCCUUAAAAGAUUUCUGGCUGGUUUGGUGACUUGGAGAGAAGUGGCUCAGUCCGUUUUUAGUGCUUGGGACAGCGAGCGGGAUGGUGAUAAUAACCAAAAUGACUGGCAGUUUCCUGUCCUUUAGCAGUAAGGUGGCUAGAGCACCUUACUUAAAUAUUUGUACAUCUUAAGUUUAGGGUGGAAAAGCAAAAGGUGUAUAGGGAAAGGCAUUGUUUGGAGUGCGAAAUAAGUUUUUCUUCCUCUUUCAUAUUAUUGGAACUCAGGUCAUCCCAUGGAAUUGAUAUUUGGCAGUAGAACUAGAAUAGCCAUAUAUAUAUAUAAAACUAAUGUGCACAAAGCAUUCAUUAACUUAGGGAAUUCGCUGCCACAAGUUGUGCCAAACUAGACUUGAUGCAAAAUGUGUCAUUAUUAGCCACUUAUUUUAUGCUUUAAAUGAAAAUAAUGCCAGGAGUAGGAGGAGGUGCUUUUCAUCAGUACUGCAGCUUGUAAUUGAAGUUAGAUUUAAGCCUUUCCAUAACUGCAGUUCCAACAAAAAUCCCAUUUUCAUACUUGCCAUUGGGGUUUUUUUUUAAAAAAAAAAAUGUAAACAUCGUUGCUAACAAUUCUUUUAGUGCGACUUCUAGUUUGGCUCUUAGAUGGCUUUAAAAGGGAAUUAGAAAAAGGUAGUUUUCCUAUCAUAGUUCUGUCAUGCAGGUUUCCCUUAUUCCAGCACACUUUACUCUUGCAGAACAUAACAAAUGAUCUACAUUUCAGACAUCACAGCAGCUAUAGACUGCCACUUGUGAGCAACAUUCUGUGAGGAUAGCAAGUGAUAUACUUCCUGACCACCCCUUAGGUAAACAGUAAACAGAACAAAAAACCCUUUCUUCUCUGCAGUAGAAAUAAUAAUGGAUAAAGAAACACUUCUGGAGAAAUCUGUGCAAUUCAAGUAUGACUACUGGACCUUGUACUUAGUGCUUGUUAACUAUCCAUGCAGAUAAACCUGCUGCCUUCUGUAGUACAGUAGUCCACCAGCUAUGUUUCAUUUGUCUUUGGAUAGCAUUAGAUUGUGAAUGAAUAAGUGGGUAGUGUUUUUAGAGUUUACAUGAUAGGUUUUGUUCUUCACUGCUCCAACAUUUCAAAUGUAAAAGUUGAACUCUUCAAAUGUCUUUGUAUUUUGCUCCCAAGCAAGCCAGUUUGCAUUGUAUCCCAUUCUACUCAGAAGCCAUUGCUGUUGCCAGUGUUCUGUUCCACAAGGAGUUGGGUUGGGCUCCCCACUAAAAUGCCAUUCAGCAACAGUGCUUGGUGUAUUACACCUUUUCUUUGCAAGAAAAUGUGAAUAUGUAUAUUGAAUUGCUGUCCUAGUUAUCUUACAUUGCCUUCCAUUUACCUGUUUUACUCUAGGUAGUGAAGCCACAUACACCCUUAAUUAAGUUUCCAGACAGAAGAAGUACUCCCAAACCUACAAGUAAGUAUCUCUUUUUGUAAAUGUUUGUUAAUUUUAUCUAGUAAUGUUUUAUCUAGUAAUGUUUAGGAAAAGUUUGCCAUAAUACCAUCCCAUCCCAGGCUUAUGUAUUUAUAAGUAUGUUUUAUUGGAUUCCAUGUAACCUACUUCCAUGUAAAAGUGCAUAGGAUCACAGCCUUAGUCACCAUAUUUCUUUUGCUUAGACUGGAAAUUGAUGUUAACUGACAUUUGCUGUUUCUUUGAACAUACCAUUCCAAAAUACCAUUCCCCUUUUCACUUAAACAAAGUUAUUUUUGUUAUUUUUUCUGUAACAGAAUAACGUGGCUAUUACUUUGAAUGCUUCAUGAUCUAGGGUUUCCUGAAUAUUUUUGCUAAAGUAAAUGGUUUAGAACCUGUCGCUUGUUCCUUCAGUACAGGAGCCUCUACAGUCAAGAGUGCCUCUGCCUCAUGGUUCAGCCUCACAACUCUCUGCAGGAGGUGGGCCGUCAUCAUCUACAAAUAUUUCAUUCAACAGUAGAAUUCAAGGCACACCUGACACUUCAGAAUUAGUAAAAACGUUACCUCAGAAAUAUAGAAGGAAACCCAUGUCGGUGGAAGAGAUGGAGUAUAUCCAAGUAAGGUCCCAGAGAUUUCCUACAUAAUUUAUUCUUUGCAUUUGUUUUACUGAAAUAUCUAUUAUGUUGCCUUUCUUUUAUAAAUUGGACACAAGGUGGCCAUUAAAUGAAAUAGUUUAAAAAUAAAAGCCGAGGGCAGUCAAUGGGAAUGUCUGCAAUCUAGUGCUGUGUUGAUAAAACAAUAACCAGCAUUGAAACGGUUCCAACAGCCUCAUAGCUGUUGGAACAAUAAAAUAAGCAUUAGAUGAAAAACCAAACUGUCAAAACCUAGAUAAUAAGACAGCCUAGUGUCUAGAAAAAAUUAGGUUGCCAGGUUUAUCUUUCUUGGGAUGAAGUUCCACAGAUGGGGCGCAACUGCAGAAAGGGCCCCCUUUCUCCUAACCUUUUCUAAACUUCACCAAUUGGGGCACCCAGAGAAAGUUUCUGAUGAUAAAAACACAAAAACUCUGCUGGAUCAGACUAGAGACCUAUGGAUAGUCCACAAGAAGGACCUGUUGCCAAUAGCUCUUUUUCAUUAUUGUUUUUCAGCAACUGGUAUUCAGAGGCCUGGUGCUUCUGUUCCUGUAGAUACUGUAUACCACAAUUAUCAUAAUCAUUAUCAUCUAUUAUUUGUACCCUGCCCAUCUGGCUGGGUUGCCCCAGCCACUCUGGGCAGCUUCCAACACAUAUAAAAACAUGUUUUAAUGUUUUCUGUGUUGUAGCUAUGACGAUCAGUUCUCAGGCCAGUUGAUAUGGAAGUGGAUGAAACACUGUGGAAGCCUGCUCUUAGACAGCCUGGCUUUAAAUGUUAAAAACAGCAGUUUGCAUUGUUCCCAGGAACAACCGGAAAGCCACUGUUGACCUUUAGAGCAGGUAUAUGCUUGCAUAACAAGCCAUGAUCUGCAACCUAGCUGCUGCAUUCUGAACCAGUUUAAAUUUUUAGAGGCAGCUCCAUAUAUAAUGUGUUAUGGUAAUCAGCCCUUUGUGUUACUAAAGCAUGGACAACUUGUGUAGGAGAGUGAGUAGCUGGCAUAAAGGUACUUAGCGCUAUGAAAACAAUCUCAAUAUGCAGUAUCCCUAGCUUCUACAUCUAAUAUCCCUGUAGGAGUGCAACCCCAUACAGUACAAGAUAGCAUCUUCAGCGUCAGAUAACAUACCACUAGAUAUCUUUUCUUUAUUCAGCUCCAGUUUAUUAAUGCCCACCCAUCACAUUACUGCAGGUGUGGAGAACCUUUUUAUUAUUAUUUAUAAUUUUUAUUAAAUUUCUAAAUUGUGCUUCUCAAAAUAAACAUUUAAUAUAAUUCCAUAUAUCAGUUGGCAUACCUUCUUCUCAUUCCAUGGUUCAUUUUACUUAUCUCUCAUUUCUGCGUAUUUUACUAUAACCAUUUUAGUCAAUUCUCCAAUUUACAUCAUUCAAUUAUUAAGCACACUGUUGAGUUUAUCUUUUCAGUUGUACACAUUUAUUUUCUAAAGAAUCAGCAAAAAAAUUCCACUCCUCUCUAAAUAAAAAUUCUUCUUGCUCUUGUAAUCUAUAAGUUAAACCUGAAAAUUCUAUUAUCUCAAGCUGCCAAUCUUCCUUACUAGGGACCUGUCUCACUUUCCAUCUUUGGGCUAACUAAACUCAAGCCCCCAUUGUUGCAUACAUUAAUAGAUUUCUCUGAUAUCUGGGAACGUCAAUUCGAACUAUUCCUAACAAAAAUGCUUCAGGUCUUUUUGGGAAACUUGUUUUAAACAUUCUUUUCAACUUAUUGAAAAUCAUUUCCUAAUAUUCCUUAACCUUGUUACACAUCCACUACAUAUGAAAAAAGGUUCCUUCAAUUUAUUUACAUUUCCAGCACAUAUCUGAUUCUGCUUUAUACAUCUUAGCCAACCUACUCAGAGUUAAAUACCAUCUAUGAAUCAUUUUCAUAUAAUUCUCUUUCAAUGUAUAAUAUGCAGAGAAUUGGAAAUCAUUCUUCCAGAGUUUCUCCCAGAGGUUUAAAUCUAUGUUAUGCCCUAUAUCCAUUGCCCAGUGUGUCAUAGAAACUUUAACUAGCUCAUGGUUUGUUUCCCAUUCUAGCAAUGUUAUACAUUUUAGACAAUAAUUUAUCCUAAUUCCAUAGUAACUCUCUUUCAAACUGUGAGCUUUGGUCCAAAAUCCAUUAUUUAGUCUGUUUUAAACAAAUCAUAUAAUUGAUGGUACUGUAACCAAUCCAUAACUUGGCUCCUUACUUCUUCCAUUGGUUUCAACCUGGGUUCACUACCUGUGCAGGUGUGGAGAACCUUUAUCCUUCCAGAUGUCACUGAACUACAACUCUCAUGAAUCCCAGCAAGAAUAGCACAUCACGCAGAAUGAUGAAGUUGUAAUUCAGCAAUGUCUGGAAAGCCAAGUGUUCGCACCACCUAUCUUAAAAUGACUGUUCGGAACAUCAGCUGCUUUGCUUGGACAAAAAGGAGAAAUAGCCAUGGGUGUCAUCCACAUUUUGAUGACACUUUACUCCAAAUCCCACAUGACCUUCCUGGAUUACAUGAAAUAGUUUCAUGUUCAAGAUUGCAGUGUUUGGGGGAGGACACAGUGCACAACUGUGGGUUGGGCCCAAGGGACUCAAAUUUAUAUUGUUUUGAAAAAUACAAAAAUACAGGCAGGCAGUUAAUUUACUGGACCCGUAAAUAGGAAGUGGGAUAUAGCACACUACAGAAAAGUCCAAAUGGCAACAGAAAAAUUAUGUGUGGCUUGCUGUUAUUCUGUAUAUCCCUAUAAAGUUAGACAUCAGUCACUUUAUCCAAAUGCAAAUUGAUAUCAGUGCAAUAAUUGAUUUUUCUUUCUGUUGAAAGAUAAAUAACCAGUAUUUUUUCUUACAGCGUGGAGGUCCAGAAUAACGCACAAGACUCCGGUUAGCUACUGGUGUACAACAAACUCUUAUAUUCACAACAAAGGCCUUCCUCACUCUCUGAAUGUUAUAAAAGUCUAAAAGCAAAUAGCUUUGUUAAAGGUAUUUCACGAGGGAUGAGAAGGUAAAUACUUCUUCAGAAAGUGGCGGUGUCCUAGAACAGAAGACCAUUCUGUUUUGAGUAAUUGUGACUCCACUUUAUACAACUCUACAAUUAAAAUUUUAUUUUAUUUGUUCUACUUAGCAAUAAUGGUUUUGUUAUCUCCUUUGUAGCUGUUGUUGAUACACUAUGGAAGAACAGCAAAAUCUCGUGAUGUUUUCACUGUUCAUGUAAUGCCUGUCUGGCAUGAAGGAAAGCAAUAUUUGUUUCUUCUCUCCAGCAGCAUCAAUCAUGUCCUUUGGGAGAGUUUUUUUUAAGGGUGGGGGAUGUAAGAGACAGUAUCAAGACAGAACUUGCAGGUGUUAGUGGAUGAAUUGUAUUUAUUAAACAUCAGUUACAUAUUAUUGCAAACUUAUCUGCCUGCUCUUUUGAAAAGAAAUACAGGCCUCCAUUCUUGACAAUUCCACUUGUAGGUACUACUCUCACUCAGCCUGCUUGUCAGAUGAAACGUAGUCCAAAUAUGCAGGAACUCGUUUUAAAAUGUAUCUCUGAGUUAUGCUAAUGACUAGAGGUUUUUCUUUUGAAAUCUCAAAAGAAUAAGAAAUUAAAAUGUUUGCACCAUCUACUCAUCAAUCAAGUUUAAUAUUGAUACUAUCCUUUGGUCUCAAAAUGGACUUUGUUCCUGUGCUCCUCAUCAGUUGUGAUGUGAAAUGAGGAUCUUCUGAAGGCUCCAGGUGCCCAUUUAUUUUAAUGAAAUGAGGCAUCUAUGAGUACACAUAGUAGUAGCCAGAGAUACCCUCCCAACACCAGUGUCACUGUUGCUUAUCUAUAGUAAGGUGAGGCCUACCCAGUUAUAUGGCUGGGAGCACUACAAUCAAUCUGACACUCCUGCUGCACCCAUGUCGUCCUGAGCUUGCUCCUGCUCAUCUUUGUGCUUUAGAAACACAAGUUCAAGCUACUAACAUCAGUUAGAGUUGAGGCCUGGAACUUUUUUUCCCUAUCUUCCAACUACUCCCAAGUUUGCAAGGAUCACUGGAAAUGGUUUCUGAGUGGGGGGAGAGGGGCAGGGAUUGAUAAAGCUGUGUUCCUAAGUGAGAAUUCUAUAAGUGGAAAGUGUUGGAAGUAUAGGGAGAUCCAGUUAUGUAUAAAUUUCAUUGUAAAGAGGUUUCCCAUCUAUUGCAUACAGCUUCCAGAGAAUCUGGAACUUUUUAAAAAUGCAAAGCAUACGUGCUGCCACUGAACUAUAGCACUUCUUAAAAAUAAAUGCAUGAAUGAAAUCUGCCAAGAAAGGCAAUAAACACGCCUUGCAAAUAAAAUGCUGGUCGCAUCCACAUUGUAGCAGGAUAUCUACUUCCCUUUUGAUUCCCUGGUCAUCAUGAAAUGACAUUUCCAUUUGAACAAAAUGGGUUCUCCUCCAACCUACAUCAAAUUGUGGAAUCUUCUAAAUGUGAUGGGUUGAUUACAAAUAAAGCUGCAACUGUUAAUUUUGAAGUGCUUUUUUUGCUCUUUAGUUUAUCUACAAAGUGGCCUUAAAUAAAAAGCCGCAGGGUAUAAAUCCUGAAAAUAAAUAGAGUAAUAAAUGCAUCUUUUGUUUGGAAAGUCCAACAACAACAAAACAAUCAGUAUGUGCAUGCCUACUUAUUUUUUGGAAUUUGCUUCUGAGUAAAUAAACUUGUAUCACAUUGUGCUGCAUUUAUAUUUUCUCAGACUCAUUUGUGUGCAACCAAACAUGCAUUUAUUAUGUUACCUUUACUGCUGUAGUCAGGUGUAGUGGCUGCCUUGGCACUUGGGAAUUUGAAAAGAGGGAGCUGCUUGAGCAAAGUGGUUGAGGUUCACUGGAGUUUGCUCACUCCCCUAUAGUUUUCACUAAACUAUGUGUAUAUACUUGCCAACUUAUGAUUGCAAUUUAUAUAUGAUCCAAUGCAGUGGAUUGUGGUCCAUGAAAGCUGAUACCAUAUUAAAUACUCCUUUUCAAGCAGGUAUGAGAACCUGUGCCUCUCCAGGUGUUGAGUUUGACUUCAGUUCCCACCAGCCUUGGUCAGCAUGACCAGUGAGAGUAACAAUAUCUUGUGGGCCACAGGUUCUCCACCUCUGCUUAAAGUGCCACAACACUUGUUUUUGUUGCAAGACUAACACUGCUUAACAACAAGCUUCCCCACCCCUCUCUUUUGGAUGGCAGUGACAGCUGGGAAACAGGAAUUUAGACUUUAGCAAGAUGUGUAAGGGCAGCAGAGGGCUCUCGCAGAAGCAAUGAGAUGAGUUAACCGGG